AUGAAUAACCAAUAUUAUCCAGGUAAUCAAACAAAUCGAUCUAUUGAAAGUGGAAGAAAUAAUCAAGAUUUUAAUCAACUAACGAGUGUUUCUCGGCCCGUAGUUACACAUUAUAUCUAUCCAGAACAAUUAUCAACACCUCGAACUACUACUAAUAUCAAUGGUCAAUAUUCGAAUAAUCAAAGAAAUAAAUAUUGGUGGGAAUCUUCUGGACCAUUUCAACCAUAUCGAACUACGUAUCAAGAUUAUGGUGAUGGAAAGACUCUAAAUUAUCGAACACCCGAUAUUCAUAUAACUCAACCUUAUUUUUAUCAUGAACUCCGUGGUAUUUAUCGUCCACCGGAAUCAGAUCCGAAUAGAUUUGACUUCGACGUACCACCAUCACUCAAUACAAGUCGAUAUUAG